GUCAAUUGUUGUUUUUGCAUUUUGCACAACUCAAGUGCGUGAAAAAGCAGCAAGAACAAAAGACGUAGAAAAUUUUGAGGGGCCUAGAAACUGAAGUAGAAAUAAUAAAUUUAUUUUUUGCUAUUGAAAAGACACUAAUAAAGCAAACGAAUUUAGUAGAUAAAUUUAUUGUAUACAAAAACAAACGCCAAUGGUUUUUUGUUGAGCUAGAUGAAAAUUGCUGGAAUUUUGCGUUCGAACAAGCCAGGCAAAUCUGUGGAAGGCUAGGAAAAUCGUUAUAGCGAAGUAGAAGCUACCUUCUGCAAAUUGCGGUGUUUCCAACAAAGCUAACCUUUUAUCAGUAUUUAUAAGGAGCAGAAUCUGUGCAACUACAAGUACUAGAAGUAAAAAUGUUUCAUAAUAAAUUUGUGACGUUGGCUUUAAUACUGAGCGUUUGCAGCGCUAUAAUUUGCGCUGCCCAAAUCGAUGUGACCUUGAAGAAUGCCACAUUACCUGAUGCCGCUGCAGCCUUACCCAUUGCUGGGCAAGAGGAAGGUGUAGAAAAACCCAAGACAACUACGCCAGCAACUACGUCAAGCAGUAGCUCGACCAGCACUACAACUACCACAACGUCAACAACAACACCAGCGCCAACAACAACCCCAGCACCAACCACAACAUCGACCACUACAACUACAACAACAGCUGCACCAAAUACCACCACGGUUGCGCCCAUUACCACUACACCCGCACCAGCGCCUUUCCCAGCACCAGAAACUGGCAAAUGGAAUUCCAGCUGCAUUAUCAUACACUUGGCUGCACAAUUGAACUUCACUUAUGAGACCAAAGACAACAAAACCGCUUCCCGUCUAUACAACAUCCCCAAGGAUGCUAAGGUUGAAGACUCAAACUGCGCCAAUACCUCGCAAUCGAUCCACAUUACUUGGGGUCCAGUUGAUGCCGUACACUCCAUGGUCUUGCAAUUCGAUUCGGUUAACAAAUCUAGUGAAUUGAAGCAGAUCUACUUUACCUUGCCACUCACCAGCGAUCACUUCCCCGACGCCAAGGAUAACCAAACCAUUCAGUUGAUUCACACUGGCGAUGAUUUUAUCACACCCAUCAAGAUGUCAUACCACUGCACACGUGCACAAAAAUUCAAUUUGACUGAGGUAAUGCAGGAUACUAAGGUCAUUGGCACCAUCAAUUUGAGCAAUGUACAAACGGAGGCAUUCAUCACCGACAAGCGUGACACCUUCUCCAAUGCCAUGGAUUGUGAUGGACCUAAGACCAUGGAUAUUGUGCCUAUUGCCGUAGGCAUUGCAAUGGCUGCACUCAUAUUGAUUGUAUUGAUCUCGUACUUGUGUGCGCGCCGUCGUUCCACAUCGCGUGGUUAUAUGAGCUUCUAAGAGGGGAAUAUUCUGUUUAGUAGUGAAGUUUAGGCAGAGAAGCGCCGAGGAGGAAGCAAAACGAGGAGGCGUUAGUGGCAGUACAUAUUCGUAGGCAUAGGUGGGCGCGUAAUUUUUCAGGGGGUUUUGAGAUUUAUAUGCGCAUUGGGAAUAUUUGUAAAAAUUUGUUUUACUUUGAAAAUUUUGUUUUCGGGAGAGAAUCAGUAAAAAAGAUUGAAAUGCCGAGUUUUGAUUUACUUUGUCACGGUGCAGGAGGAAAAAGAGGGAGGAAGAAAUAGUGAAAAAACAGUUAUUUAAGAUAUUCAACUAACAAAUAUAGUAAUACAAUUGUCAAAACAAAUGCAAAAAGGAAAAACAAAAACCAGCGUAUAAAAAUAAGCACCGUAAAUAGCAAUUUUAUUCCAACAGACUUUUAACGAACACUUUAGAACAGGUACAACAUUAACAAAAAACAGGGCGCAGUAGUUACACACCAAGUAUAUCACACGUGUCAAUGUGUCUAGCGGUAUUUUAGUUGCCGCCGCGCGAGCACUGUGGUUUAAAAUUAGUUUUUCAAAAACUUUCUCUUGCUAUGUAUUAGUUUUUAUAAGUUUUACUCUAAACGAUUUGUUGCACAUACCCUUUGUUAACUCGAACUUUAUAUUUGAAACGAAUAUUUUUGUUCAGAAAAAGUUAGUAACUUUCGUUGCUAAUCUUAUUCAAACGCCUUCUUUCUUAUAUAAAUUUGUAUGUAUGGACACGUAUAAAUGCAUCCAUAAAUAAAUUUUCUUUUUUAUAGCCCUACAAUAAAUGCAAUAGCCUAGAACCCGAAUAAAAAAUUAUGUCUUACACAAAAACGUUCAUCGAUAUCAAAAAUACAAAAACAAAUGUAUAUUUAUCAGUAACAAAAAUACAGCAUAUUGUAAAGUAAACAAAAAAAUCAUUAGUAUUUAUAAUUACUUACUGCUAUACUUUAAAAUAAACGAUUCUAUUAUUCUUUAUACACAUGCAUACACAUACUUUAAUUUAUAUCCAAUUGGCUAAACAUUAUCUCUAAUUAACUACUUCCAUGUAAUAUUUGAAGUAUGUAUAAGAUAUUUUGAUUUCAAUAUACAUUACAUAUAUAUAAAUACGAUAAAUAGUUUCCAUUGCAUCUGGUUGCAUAUCGUUUUAUAUACAAAAUUUUAUACGCCUGAGUAAAAAGGAUACAAUUUAUGAAAAUUAUAUUUAAAAUUAGGUACUUGGUUUGUAAUUCGAUUCAAUUUUUCAUUAUAAAAACUUGGCCUUAAAUAAAGUGAGGUAACUGAGAAAAAUAA